ACAGCUGUUUUUCGCUCGACGCGGUAUCGUGUCGAACCGCAGCCGCACGCCCGUGUAUCUACAUUUUUUUUUUUUUUUUCGUUUUUGUAUUUCUUGGAAACCAGUUGCGCUCGAUAACAAAGAUCGAGCGCAUCUGCCGGCGGGACAGUCCACGACGAAUCACUCACAGGUGGCCGGCGCUACCGUCAGCUGCCUUCCCAACGAGCACGUACACUUGGACCAAGAGCCGGCGCUACAUCAAAAACCCCGGGGUAAACUACCACCGUCUUCGUAAAGAACGUCCCCCUGCCAACCGGUUAACCUUGCGGGUCCCCAGCGCGCGUCAACUUUUUACCGCUUCGAGUGCGUCGGUCGUGUUCGUAGCUGUUCAGGCUUUCCUAGCCACGGGCCGGAAGUGAGACAGCCCGCCUCGCCGCCGGAUGUGACGUCACUCGUCGGCCUUGACAGCUCCAGGAGCGCGCGCGGUUGAGCGGCCAAAAGGGCGCGUGAAAGUGCGUCAGGCUUGAAAGCGAAACUUGAAUCGGUUGAGGGUGGUCGCGGCUGCUUGUGCCUCGGUCAUAGCGCUGUGAGGUGUUUAUUGGUAGCCGUUGCUUGGAAAACUUGGGACUUGGUGGACCGAACUGCACUACAGCCAUGCCUUACAUGCUGAGCUUGGACAACGAUGUCUUCGGGGAAGAGAAGCACUGGGAAGCAGUGACGCAGGAUCAGAUUAAGGAGUUGCGACAACAUUUCUUGGACACGUGGAACGAAGAGGACGACGUCUACUACGAAGACGACGUGAAGAAGAUCCGAGAGAGCGAUGACUUCUGCCGGAAGAUGAUUGCCCACGUUCGCGGCGACAUGGCCCUGGCACACAAGGUGGCCGCCUAUUCGCUGCGGUGGAGGAAAUACGUUAAGAUCGCCGAAAUUAAGGAGGAAGGCAUUCCAAAGGCAUUUUUCGAGCAGAAGGCCAUCUACCCCUACAACAAAGACAAACUGGGGUGCUAUGUCCUGGUCCUUCAGAACAAGAACUACACCAAGAACAUGGCGGACGCGAUCCAGGUCAAGCAGGUCUUCCUCUACUUCUUGGAGAAGCUCUACAACGACCACGGGGCCAAGAAGGUUACCAUGUUGCUGGACUGCGCCGACGCGGGUCUCAGUAAUCUCGAUAUUGAUUUCACCAAGUUCAUCUUCAACGUCUUCCUCAAGCGGUAUCCAAUGGGACUUGGCUACGUCAUCGUGUACGACAUGCCCUGGUUGUUUAAUGCUGCCUGGAAGGUGAUUCGCGGCUGGAUGAUGCCAGAAGCCGCCGAGAGGGUGAAGAUGGUGAACAAGAGCCAAAUCACGGACUUCAUCGACCCCAAGGACCUCCCAGUGCGCAUGGGCGGAACGGACACCUACGAGUACAGCUACGUCCCUGGCAAGCCCCUCGGUGAACGCGUCGGCGAUUCUAGCAAGAUGUAAAUUACGCAAGAAACAAAAACAAAGAAAUGAACUACCACCAGCUCUGUGAAACAGCAAUUCAAGUUCAUCUUUUUUUCUUUUUUUUUUCCUUUGUUAAAGUCUUUUUUUUUAUUACGGACAAGCUAGAGGCACUUAUUUUUUAAUUCUUGAUAUUUUUUUUUCUUUUAGUUUAACAGUAUUUUAUUACCUGAAGGAACAUUCCUUCGAAACACGUCUACGUAAUUCCCCAGCGCCGCCUUGUUGGCAUGCUAGCAAAGUAUUGGUGGCAGUAUCUCAAUCAUCGCGACUUGCUUCACUCCCUGUGAGCACUUUGAGCGAACAAACGUCAAGAACAAGAAAGAAGCAACAACGGCAGUCGAACACAUUGUGUCGGAUCUGAGAGUGCAAUGCUCAUUGCUGUGAUACCAUGAGGACGUAUAUUCGCGAGAGUUUUUUUGUUAAAUGUGAGCGCGCUGAGCAGCUGCUCAAUGUGCAGACUUUCGGUAUGUGCAUUUUUGAAUCUAAAGUUAUGAACAAGAAAAUUAGAUUUUCUUUU